CCGACGCACGUUAGCGUGUUUCUCCCGAACACGGAAAAGUCGCCCGCCGUAUCCUUCCGUUAGCUAACGUUAGCUUUGAAACAACGCGGUCAGACGUAACGUGAACCGUUCACGUUACUUCAAGUUUCCUUCAGUGUUCAUCGCAUGCUGCUCUGGGUUUGCAGGAGCGCAACUCUCUCGUCUGACGCGAGGCGGUUGUUGGGGCUCGCUGUCCCCGGUGCUCGCGGACCCGCUUCACCGCUCUCCCGUCGAGUCGUCAUGUCGGCGGUAAAACGCAAGGCGACGUCGGCCGCCGCCACCGAGCCCGCCGCCAAGCAGCAGAAGAAGAAGGGAGAGAAGAACCACGAGGGCGCUGGAGCUGCGGGCUGGCUGAAGGACCACCUGAAGCAGCUCCGAAAGGACAACAAGGACAUGAAAUUCAACCAAAAACGCCUCCGCUUUAUAUCUGACGCUAAAUCGAUGAAGCAGGGCUCCGAGGGUGUCCUGUACUGGAUGCUGAGAGACCACCGGGUACAAGAUAAUUGGGCGAUGGUCCAUGCCCAGCAGCUUGCCUUGAGGGAGAAGCUUCCUCUGCACGUCUGUGUCUGCCUGCUUGUCCCACAAUCCGAACUGUCCACUCUGAGACAUUACAGCUUCAUGUUGAAAGGCCUGGAAGAAGUGGCAAAGGAAUGCAAAGCUUUGGACAUCCAGUUCCACCUGCUGCAUGGUUCGGCCGGGGAGGUUCUGCCGGGCUUUGUUGCUGAGCACAGCCUGGGAGCAGUGGUGACAGACUUCUCCCCCCUCCGAGAGCCUUUGCAGUGGUUGGAGGAGGUUAAAGCGACUCUCCCAAGCGAAAUCCCCCUUAUACAGGUUGAUGCACAUAAUAUUGUCCCCUGCUGGGUCACAUCACCCAAGCUCGAGUAUGCCGCCAGGACGAUCAGAGGGAAAAUCACAAAGCUGUUGCCAGAGUUUCUCACAGAGUUUCCUCUGGUAGAGAAACACUCCUACGCAGCUACAACAACUGCCAAACCAGUAGAUUGGGACAAAACCCUGGCCUCGCUGCAGGUGGACCGAGCAGUAGGAGACACUGAGUGGGCCCAGCCAGGCACCAAGGGGGGGUUGGCCAUGUUGGAGUCCUUCAUUGAUGUUCGCCUGAAACUGUUUGACACCAAACGCAACGACCCAAACGCCGCUGCCCUCAGCCAGUUGUCCCCCUGGAUCCGCUUUGGCCACCUGUCAGCCCAGCGUGUGGCGACGCAAGUUCAGAGCAGUGGGAAGUCUGCAGGUCACUCCGUCGCCUCCUUCAUCGAGGAGCUGGUGGUGCGCAGAGAGCUGACUGACAACUUCUGCUUCUACAACAAGAAAUAUGACAGCAUCCAGGGUGCGUACGAGUGGGCUCAAAAGACGUUGAAAGACCACGCUAAAGACGAGAGGCCGUACCUCUACGCGCGCGAGCGGCUGGAGAAAGCCGAGACGCACGACAAGCUGUGGAACGGUGCUCAGUACCAGAUGGUCACUGAGGGGAAGAUGCACGGUUUCUUGAGGAUGUACUGGGCCAAAAAGAUCCUCGAGUGGACGUCCUCACCGGAGGAAGCGCUCUCAAUCGCUCUGUACCUAAACGAUCGCUACUCUCUGGAUGGCCAGGAUCCCAAUGGCUUCGUCGGUUGCAUGUGGUCCAUUUGUGGCAUCCAUGACCAGGGCUGGAAAGAGAGAGAGGUUUUCGGGAAGAUCCGCUACAUGAACUACAAAGGCUGCCUGCGGAAGUUUGACGUGGCCGCGUUCGAGAGAAAGUACCGUCCCAAGAGCCACUGAAGCCUGAAAUAUCUGGAGGGACGGGAACACAACGCUGAUGGCUUGAAUCCCUGGCGUCUUUACCUCAGGGAGGUUUUUACGGGCAUUCUUGCGAGAUGUGUUGUUCUUCACUGCUUGUUUGGUCCAAAACUGGUUCCUAAAAGGUGCUAAAUGCCGUGUUGAUGGAGGCCUCUUUCCUCUUUACUUUGCUGACAUAGAUCACUUUUAAAAUGAUCAGUGGUGUCAACGCCUAAUUAAGAAAGAGCAAAAUAUUUGCUUUGUUUUAUGUUACUUUUAUUUUAGUGUUUUUUUUUAAGCAAAUAAUGCCUUGUUUGAUUUAAGUGUUGCAACAUCCGAUGUCUACGACACUUGAUGUUCUUUUUAGAGCAUCUCUCGUGGAUGGAAUCCUUUCUUAAAAACCAUAUUUUCACACCAAACUCUUUUCUGUUCUCAUCAGUUCCUUUACCCAUUAAAAUGUCUGUAUCUGUAAAUCCAGCAUAUCUAACCUUUAACGGACUCGUUUGAUUAUUCGCCAGUCUAAAGAUCGCUUUCAACUGAUUGCAUUAACAUUUCAUUCAUUACUAAGCGUAGCUUGGACACACUUUGAACUUUGUUGUCAACAAAGGAAAGUGAAAACUAAAACCUUUUUGAUUAAAAAUGUUCUUCAAUCCACA